AUCUUCGACUUUCCCCAUAAUCUCUACAACUCUACAACUUAACUACCCUUUAUCUUAAUUCGAGCAUUUAGUCGGCUUGACCGCACAUUACCAACUUUUCACAAUGUCGUCUCGAAGCAGUUACAACAUGUCCAUGCCAGCAUCGCUUCCUCCACCAGUAGAUCUAUUAAGCUACGCCCGUUCAAUGCACCAGCACACCAAAAGACAGAUGGAAGCCGCAAAUAUGCCAACAAGCCGACGAAGUAUUCGGUCUCCACGUUCCCACGUCACAAGUUUACCGAACGGCACAUCAGGUAGCUCUUCGUCGUCGAGGAGUCCAGGCGAAGUCGAAUAUCAUGAUUGAGGAAGAUUGAUUAACAUUUGAAGCAUUCUCAUGACAACUUCAAAGCACACACGUCGUUUGGAAACGUACACACACAUAUAUACAGUAUAAGGCCGUCAUG